UUCUUGGAACCAUUCCCUCUUUGGACGCGCUAAAUGCUCCACAUAUGGCAGAAAAGGAGAAAUUUUGCUCGACUCGAACGCAUGGAACUUGGCUCAAUCUUAUCCACUGAUUCUGCGGCUGAUCAGUUGCCAGAUCCAUCUUCCUUCCUCUGAAACUCAAGAGCAGCUACUAGAGGGGGAGAAGGCAGGAAAAGAGCAAGUAAACCAAGGAACGAGAUGUCAAUGGCAUCAACAAUCCCUUCUAUGAGACUAUCAUGCUCAGCCACAUCAUCUUCCUCAACCACAGCAUUCAGAAGGGUCAUCUCCAAGAAGCCAUCAUCCACCGUAAUCAGGAGUUCCCAAGCCGAAGGCCCCUUAAGAAGACCUGUUGCACCACUGAGAGAACCAACACCACCAUUGAAGCCAGUGCCUCCGACUCCUCCUUCUUCUUCUUCUCCAAUUCUCUCCCCACCUCCAUCUCCAUCACCACCAACCAAGCCAGCUACUGCGGGGACGGUGCCUGACUCUCAGGUGCCGGCAACAGUGACAAUUGAGUUCCAAAGGAGGAUGGCGAAGGAGCUUCAGGAAUACUUCCGUGAGAAGAAGGUAGAAGAGGCAAAUGAAGGACCCGUCUUUGGAUUCCUUGGCAAAAAUGAGAUUGCUAAUGGAAGAUGGGCAAUGUUCGGGUUUGCUGUUGGGCUGCUGACCGAGUAUGCUACGGGUUCAGAUUUUGUGGAUCAAGUAAAGAUUCUUCUCUCUAAUUUUGGUAUUGUAGAUCUUGAAUGAUCUAUCCCUUCUUAUUGUUCUCAACCUUGCACUUUGCCUUGUAUCUUUUAUCGUUCCAAAGCUUCUCUUCUUUUUCUUUUUCCCCUUUGUAUGAAAAAAAUCUGGUUCCAUUCUCAUAUGGUGGGUACAGAUGUAUAGGAAGUAAUUGUAGGAUUGCCAUCAAACAUCUCUCUUAUUCAUCGUGUAAUUCCAUUCUCAUUUCAAUUGAAUCGUGCCAUUAUAGUAAA